AUGCUGGGCAGAUCACUAGAGAUUCGUGUGGGUGGAAAAUACCGCUUAGGGCGCAAAAUCGGAAGCGGAUCCUUUGGAGAUAUUUUCAUUGGCACCCAUAUCACGACUGGCGAAGAUGUUGCGAUCAAACUAGAGUCUCACAGAAGUCGUCACCCCCAACUGCUUUAUGAGUCAAAACUUUACAAACUGUUAGCUGGUGGUGUAGGUAUUCCUACUAUUCACUGGUACGGAAUAGAAGGAGAAUAUAACAUAUUGAUUAUGGAUUUAUUAGGUCCAUCACUAGAAGAUUUAUUUACGAUAUGUAACCGUAAAUUAAGCUUAAAAACAGUACUAAUGUUAGCAGAUCAAAUGCUAAAUCGUAUAGAAUAUUGCCACUCCAAGAAUUUCAUUCAUAGGGAUAUAAAACCAGAUAAUUUCCUUAUUGGCCGCGGGAAAAAGAUGUCCAUUGUUUAUAUAAUAGAUUUUGGGUUGGCAAAAAAAUACCGCGAUUCUAAAACGGCGCAGCAUAUUUGUUACAGGGAAGGAAAGAAUCUGACCGGUACGGCUCGUUAUGCGAGCAUCAAUACCCAUUUGGGUAUAGAACAGAGCAGACGUGAUGACAUGGAGGCACUGGGUUACGUUUUGUUAUACUUCAUGCGCGGUAGUUUGCCUUGGCAAGGAUUAAAGGCUACCUCUAAGAAGGAUAAGUACGAUAAAAUUAGCGAAAAGAAAAUCGCUAUUCCCGUUGAUUUGUUAUGCAAACAGUUACCCUUUGAGUUUGUUACCUUUAUAAAUUACGCACGUUCAUUGCGUUUUGAAGAUCGUCCCGAUUAUUCAUAUCUUCGAAGGAUCCUUAAAGAUUUGUUCUUUAGACAAGGAUAUCAAUACGAUUUCAUCUUUGAUUGGACAUUUCUACAUACUGCACAAUUGAUGCACUCAAUGAUGGCUGAAGAUAUCGAACGUUUUGAACGUAUCACAAAAGACAGAGAUCAAGAAGAGGCUAAUGCACGGCCUACUUUGAAAAACAAGUAA